UCUACGACUCUUCGACAGCGUUGACAGGCAGCGACAGCCGCAGAAGAGGGCACACGAACUUAAUGAACAUGCUUCGGUUUUUGCCCGGCAAGAAGCGUCCACUUCAACAACAAGGAACAGCAGCAGCAGCAGUAGGGCGACUAUGCACAGCAGCAGCAGGAACUGCAGGCAACCACGAACAAGUGCCAGGAGCUCCGGCGGCGAUGACCCUGGAACAGCAGCUGAGGCUGACGCCGAACCAGACAGAGGCGCGUGAAGACGGGGAGGAGGGAGAAGAAGAGGAAGAGGAGAUACGAGAGGAGCGGCAACACACGAUAGACCUGCAGCGCAGCAGCCGGGGGCUGAGCAACGCUGACGAGAUGGCGCUGGUCCAGCAGAGGGAGCUCCGGAUGCAGCGGAACCUGUCCCUGCCGGAGAGGCAUCCGCGGUCGUCUUCCUCGUCGGUGGAGUACGGCGUGACGGACCACGAAGAGGACGAAGACGACGGGGAGAGGAGCGACCGCUCCGACAGCAUCGAGGUAAGAAGGACGGAUACGCACCACUUCGCGGUAUGCGGCAUCAGCCCAGACCAGACGACAACAGGAGGGGGCGAAUGCACCCCCCAGGGCAUGCCGAGGAGGCAGGGCUUCAAGUUUGGUCACGGACGGCGGUUGAGUUUCUAGUAAAUAUUUGUCAACGACGGGAGCAGCAGCAGCAGCAGUAGCAGCAAGCGUUCUUCUUGCAGAUGUGUGGUAUUGAAUCUCGAGA